AUGAAGAUGGGGUCUUCACCUUGCUCCUUCUUCCUCUUCCUCUUCCUCUUACUGGGCCUCCUCCCCUCAUCCCUCUCGGAGAUCCGCUUCUCGGAGAUCCGUAACGACGAUCGCCCCAUCGUUCCCUUCGACCAGUUUGGUUUCACCCACAAGGGUCGCCUUGAGCUCAACGUUUCUAGAAUCUCCCUCUCCAAUUCCAAUUUGGACCUCUCCAAGGUGGGCUUCUUUCUCUGCACCCUCGAUUCCUGGCUCCAUGUCCUCCAGCAGCUGGAGGAUGGAGAGAUUCGAUGCGCCCUUCAAUCCGAUCUGGUGAAGUCCGUCUACACCUUCAAUUAUCUCAAUGGCAAAGACUCUUUCGACACCGUCUACAGCGAAACCGACGCCGAUCAGUACAACCUGGUGUUCGCGAACUGCCACCCGCAGCAACUGAAAGUGACCAUGGACGUUAAAUCGGCCAUGUAUAAUCUGGACGGAAAGAGCAGCACUCGCGAUUACCUCUCUGCUGGGAGAACCAUCCUUCCGAAGGUUUAUUUCGUGCUCUCGCUGGUGUAUUUCGGGAUGGCUGGUCUCUGGAUCAGCGUGCUCUACAAGAAGCGAUUGACCGCCUUCCGCAUCCAUUACUUCAUGCUGGCCGUCAUCAUCUUGAAGGCUUUGAAUCUCUUGUGCGAGGCCGAGGACAAAUCCUACAUCAAGCGCACCGGAAGCGCCCACGGCUGGGAUAUCAUCUUCUACAUCUUCAGCUUCCUCAAGGGCAUUUCUCUCUUCACUCUCAUUGUCUUGAUUGGCACUGGCUGGUCCUUCCUCAAGCCCUUCCUUCAGGAUAAGGAAAAGAAGGUUCUCAUGAUUGUCAUCCCCCUUCAAGUCAUCGCCAACAUCGCUCAGGUCGUCAUUGACGAGAGUGGGCCCUACGGCCACGACUGGGUUACCUGGAAACAGGUUUUCCUCCUCGUCGAUGUCGUUUGUUGCUGCGCUGUGCUCUUCCCCAUUGUCUGGUCCAUCAAGAACCUCCGUGAGGCCGCCAGGACCGACGGAAAGGCUGCUGUUAAUUUGAUGAAACUCACUCUCUUCCGCCACUACUACAUCGUCGUUAUCUGUUACAUUUACUUCACCAGGGUUGUGGUUUAUGCCUUGGAGACCAUAACCUCCUAUCGCUAUUCUUGGACCAGUGUGGUUGCUGCAGAGUUAGCCACGCUUGCUUUCUAUAUCUUCACUGGCUACAAGUUCAAGCCAGAGGCUCACAAUCCUUAUUUUGUCAUCGAUGACGAAGAGGAAGAAGCUGCUGCUGAGGCGUUGAAGCUUGAAGAUGAAUUUGAAUUGUAA